AGCAUGCCUCGUUAUCAAAUCACUGUUUCGCUGCUCCCCGUUUCCCACGAGGCCACGACGCACGUGCUCCAGGCGCCGCCGAGGCCGAGCAGGAAGAAACAGCCGCGUCGCAACGACCAAGCAACCAACUACAUCCCCCUCCUCCUCUGAGGCUACCGAGGAAGAAUCAACGACCCCAUUCCGCACAAUCCGCGGCGCGAGUUCCGAGCAAGCCCGCCGCUCUCUCUCACACAACGGUGCCGGAGGCGCGAGCGAGCCCCGCGGGCGGCAGAGUCGAUGGCGGCGGCGCAGAUCCGUGGAUCCGCCGCGACGGCGAGGCGGUGGCUGGCCUCGCCCAGCGCCCGGAUCCUCCGCUUCGCGCCGCUGGCCGCGUCUGCCGUUCCGGCGUCGCCUCGGCGGGGAGCGUUCAGGGGCCUUGCCGCUGGUGCCGCGUACAAGCCAUUGACUACACUGUGCAUGAAGGCAGACUAUACCACUCCUGUUGAUUCUGUCACUGCUACAGAGCAAGCAGGUGUUGAACUUGAAGAGCCAGCCAUUGUGGCACCUGCCAAUGAAGAGAUAAAUACAGCGCAGGAGGUUGCUCCUCAACAAAAGUGUGCAAAAAUACAUGACUUUUGCCUAGGGAUUCCUUUUGGUGGAUUUCUGUUUUCUAUGGGCCUUAUUGGAUUUCUAUUUUGGAGGACUCCUGUGAGUCUUACUUUCGGUGUCGCACCUGGCCUUGCUAUAUUAGCCCUUGGCGUGCUUAGCCUUAAGGUUUGGAGAAGUGGAAAAUCCAGCUUGCCAUUCAUACUGGCACAAGCGGGUGUUGCUGCUGCGGUCGCUUGGAAACACUGUCAGGCAUACACUAUAACGAAGAAGCUACUUCCCUGGGGCUUCUAUGCUGCACUCAGUGUUGCAAUGAUCUGCUUCUACUCCUACGUUCUCCUUGCUGGAGGGAAUCCGCCUCCAAAGAAGGCAAAAGCUGCUGCUUGAUUGUCUUGAAGACCUUUCACUCAAGCUUCUCAUAAUUGUACUAAUGUUGAUGAUAGGGUUACGGUUUUCUUUAUGUUGGUGAAUACUGAACACAAAAUUGCGUUGUAGCAUCUGUACUAAGUGAAAGACCGAGUGUAGAUAAAAUUUUCCCUGAUUUUACAUGACUGUUGUUUUAUUUAUACACCAAUAACAUCACUCUUUACCUC